AUCGAGCAAUUUGCCCUCUCCUGAAGGCACAUCGCCGGAGUAAGGAGUGGCGCGGUGCCCGACCGGCAACCCGAGCAGCGCCAGCCCAUGCUCCUAACGCCGAUUCCCCCCUGCUGCCCUCCUCUCUCCCAGAUCCAGAUCCAGAUCCAGAUCCAGGCAGUUCUGUGACUUUCAAUGUCUUCCACAAGAAAAGUGAGAAAUGUUAACAAGCGCUAUGCCAAAAUUAAUGAAGAUUGGCCAGAAAAGGAUGCAACGGUUGUACAUAAAAAUAAAGUGCGAAAGAAAAAAUUAUCCGACCUUGGUUCUCAGUGGAGCAAAGAUGAGUUGGAGCACUUCUAUGGAGCUUAUAGAAAAUAUGGAAAAGAUUGGAGGAAGGUGGCUGGUGCGGUCCAUGAUAGAACAUCUGAUAUGGUGGAGGCUCUUUACAACAUGAAUAGGGCAUAUUUAUCUCUUCCAGAGGGAACUGCUACGGCUGCAGGGUUGAUAGCGAUGAUGACCGAUCACUAUAAUAUUCUGGAUGGGAGUAACAGUGAUCAUGAGAGUAACGGUUCACCGAAAACUUCUAGGAAGCCACAGAAGCGUGGCCGUGCAAAACUUCAGUCUGUGUCGAAGACAUCUGAUACACGUUACCCUGAUCUACUGCAAUCCCAGCCUGCUUCAUCGAGCUAUGGAUGCCUUUCUUUGUUGAAGAAGAAACGCUCUGGAGACUUGCUUGUAGGUAACAAGCCACGUGCUGUUGGAAAAAGGACUCCACGAGUGCCUGUUGCAAGCAUGUACCACCGAGAUGACAAGAUAGGUCCAUCAAAUAGGCAAGCAAAACCAGACGCUAAUAAUGGUGAUGAAGAAGGUGCUCUAGCUGCUUUAGCUCUGGCAGAGGUCUGUCAAAGAGGAGGCUCGCCUCAGGUUUCUCAAGCAUCUGGAAGAUCCAGUGGCCAAAUGUUCCUGUCUCCUGGUAAAAGUAUCGACAGAAAAAAUGCAGAUUCAGAGAUGGGAAGUUCAAAGAUGCAUGGAUUUCAAGUAGAAGCUGAUUAUCCGGAAGGUAGCUUAGGAAGCAGGGAAGCAGAGACUGGUGACUAUCGCAAAGAUGCUUCCUAUUUUCUGAAUAACGAAGGUUCUGCAUCUGGCAAGUCUAAGCCAAAAGUUAAGAGGAUGCAAAAGAGAAGAAAGAAAGCUGCACAAAAAACAGACGAUCAAUUCGAGGAUGACAGAGAGGCUUGCAGUGGCACUGAAGAAGGGUAUAGUUCCAGAAAGGCUAAAGAUGAAGCAGAUGUGGACGUAUUUGGAAGUAAAAUUUCAUGGCCAUCUAACAAAUCAAACAAAAGAAGCCGGCAACUAUUUUUUGGUGAUGAAUUGUCAGCUCUCGACGCAUUACAUACAUUAGCUGAUAUCUCUGUGAAUAUUCUACAACCUUCUUCUAUAGCUGAAUCGGAAUCAUCGGCACAAUUUAAGGAUGAAAGCAAAGACAAUGAAUCUGAUGAUAAGCCUAGUGUGCCUGCGGCAGUAUCAUUAUUUGACAAAAAAGAUAAGCCCAGAAAAACAAAAAAGAUCAAAAGGCAGUCAGAAAUUGCAAGCAACGAGAUGGUUACUAGGAAAAAAGCUAAGCUUUCUAAAGAUCACCAUCAUGACGGGAGUACUUCUGAAGUGAAGCAGGAUGAUUGUAAAUGUGGUGUUAAAAUGGAGAAAAAGAAAAGGAAGCCUUCCACAGUAAAGAUCUCCAAAGAUGAGAAGAAUACACUAAAAGAUAGUGAGAAGACCGAGGUUUCUGCUGAAGAAGGGAAGGUAUCUUCUAGUAAAGGCAGGCAUGCUCAUGCUAGUCCAGUUUCAAAACAAAACAAGUCCAAAGCACAGGAAAGUUCUCCAGCACAUGCUGAUUUUGGAAAAGAAGCCAUGGAUACGGUGGACACGGCAGAAAACGCAAUAACUCAGCAAUCGGACUCGGCAUCAAAGUCUAAAAGCCGGCGCAAGUUAGGCAUUUUGAAAGCACUUGCUCCAGAGAGUAAGCCUGCUGAGGGCGCUGAUGAUUCGUGCGAUAAUGUUUCCUACCCAGUGAAUAACGUUAUUGAACUCAAGGACAAGCUCUCUCACUGCUUAUCUUCACGUUUCCUCCGGAGGUGGUGCAUGUCUGAGUGGUUCUAUAGUGCAAUUGAUUAUCCAUGGUUUGCGAAGAGUGAAUUUGUUGAGUACUUGAAUCAUGUAAAGCUGGGUCAUGUGCCAAGGCUGACUCGUGUCGAGUGGGGUGUUAUAAGGAGUUCUCUUGGAAAGCCACGUCGAUUGUCAAAGCAGUUUUUACAAGAGGAGAGGGAAAAGCUUUCUCAGUAUCGCGAGUCAGUCAGACAACACUAUGCUGAACUUCAGUCUGGUGUUCGAGAAGGUCUACCAACUGAUCUUGCUCGACCCUUAGCAGUUGGGCAGCGUGUUAUAGCCCGUCAUCCCAAAACAAGAGAACUUCAUGAUGGGAGUGUUUUGACUGUCGACCGUACUCGCUGUCGGGUUCAAUUUGAUCGGCCUGAGCUGGGUGUUGAAUUUGUGAUGGAUAUUGAUUGUAUGCCGUUACACCCACUGGAAAAUUUCCCCGAGUCUCUCAGACGCCAAAAUAUCGUGAAUAAAUACUACAGCAGCUUCUCAGAAGUAAAAUUUGAGGAUCGACCCAAAGAGUAUGGUGGUGGAGGCGCAGCAAGGUUCUUACCAAAUGGGGACACAUUUGAUUCGAUUGCACAGGCCAAAACUACAGCAAACGAGGCUGCAGCCGCAGCACAACAGGCAAUGUACGGCCAGCCAUGUACACUGUCACAGAUUCAGGAGAGAGAAGCAGAUAUAAGGGCUCUUGCGGAACUGUCACGUGCUCUCGAUAAAAAGGAAGCCUUGCUGGUAGAGUUGAGGCACAUGAAUGAAGAAGUGUCUGGAAAGCAAAAGGACGGGGAAACCAUUAGAGAUUUGGAGCACUUCAGGAAGCAAUACGCCAUGGUGCUCGUACAGCUGAGAGAUUCAAAUGAUCACGUGGCUUCGGCCUUGCUUUGUCUGCGGCAACGGAACACAUUUCAUGGGCAUCCAGCACAGCCAUAUCCUACUAAAUCAACGGAAAAUGGUGGAGCUUUUAACAGAACACCAGACCCAUCUAGUAACCUUUUUGGUUAUAUUAAUCAGGAGUCUGGAUCUCAAGUGAUGGAAAUUAUCGACACUUCAAGGUCCAAAGCUAAAACGAUGGUUGAUGUCGCUAUUCAGGCAAUGUGCAAAGUAAGUGAAGGAGAGAACGCAUUUGCCAAAAUAGGGGAAGCACUAGACAAUCUGAACCUCCGUGGCACCGGCUCUGGUUCCAGCAUACUAGGCAUAAGGCGGAUACCACCUGAUUCCGGACAGGCAAAUUCAGAUAACAGCGCCUCUGGCCGCUUCGAUCCUGCCGCAGCAGCGACCAAUAACAUUUCCAGCCCAAGAGUAUUGCCCAACGGCAGCGACUCCGAAGCCCAGUUCCCGUCAGAGUUGAUUUCGUCGUGCGUAGCGACCAUCCUAAUGAUACAGAACUGCACGGAGAAGCAGUAUCACCCCGCGGAAGUGGCGCACAUCCUCGACUCAGCGCUGUCGCGGCUGCAACCGUGCAGCUCGCAGAACGUGCCCAUCUUCAGGGAGAUCGAGAUGUGCAUGGGUAUCAUCAAGAACCAGAUGCUGGCGCUGAUACCCACCCCUAGUGGCUAGCGUUCAUGCAUGGCCAACAACAUUCUCUUCUUUUGUUAUUUAUAUAUACAUAUGUAGGAAGAAAGAAACUUGACAAUGAUAUCUGUAUGUGGCUUGUAUUCUAAAAGCUUACAACCGUCUGUAUAAGGUGUACCUAACCUAUCUUAUUAGUUACUGUACUGUAUUA